AUGUCUGAGGGUAUCAAGCAAGCAUUUGCGCGAUGCAAAGCUGAAAGCCGUCCUGCUUUCGUGACCUUUGUCACGGCUGGAUUUCCCACGGUGGAAGAGUCUGUAGAUAUUAUACUGGGAUUGGAGGCUGGAGGUGCAGAUAUCAUUGAACUUGGUGUUCCUUUCACGGACCCCUUCGCAGAUGGGCCUACUAUCCAGAGCGCUAACAAUGUAGCGCUCAAGAACCAUGUCACCAUAGACACAACCCUCGGGCUGGUAAGGGAAGCUCGCAAAAGAGGCCUCCGAGCACCGAUCCUGCUGAUGGGCUACUACAACCCACUGCUGAGUUAUGGCGAAGAGCGCCUUAUGACUGAUUGUCGUGAGGUCGGUGUCAAUGGUUUCAUUGUGGUGGAUCUUCCCCCACACGAGGCUGUCAAAUUCAGAAAUUACUGUGCGAAGGGAGGAUUGUCAUACGUCCCUCUCCUUGCUCCUUCCACAACUGACCAGCGACUCCAACUACUCUGCAAGCUCGCGGACUCCUUCGUCUACGUGGUUUCGCGUAUGGGUGUCACCGGCGCAACAGGUAGUCUCAACACCGGCCUACCAAAGCUUUUGGCACGCAUCAAGAAAUACUCCGGCAAUGUCCCCGCUGCAAUCGGAUUCGGUGUCAGCACAAGGGAGCACUUCUUGAGUGUAGCCAGCAUCGCAGAUGGUGUUGUCAUUGGCAGUCAAAUCAUCACAACUCUGAGUGAGGCUGCCCCUGGAGACCGAGCCAGAGCUGCGGAGGAAUACUGCGCCGCUGUCUGCGGAAGGAGAAACUCGCCAUCGGAUGGACUUAAUGGGUCGAUCGACACGGUGGAAGUCAAUGGUACCAGCCACACCAAUGGCGAGAAGGCAGAGGUGCUUCAUAAAUUGGAAGAAAUGGUCAGUGCUGAGGGAGGAGACCCAGAGCUCUUCUCUGCUCGCUUUGGUGAAUUUGGAGGCUCCUAUGCCCCCGAAUCACUGAUGAGGUGCCUCUCAGAAUUGGAGGUUGGAUUUGAUAAAAUUCGAAAUGACCCGGACUUCUGGGCGGAAAUGCGGUCCUACUACCCAUACAUUGGAAGGCCCGGACACAUGCACUUCGCAGAUCGCCUCACUGAACAUGCUGGUGGUGCCAAUAUCUGGCUCAAGCGCGAGGAUUUGAACCACACUGGAAGUCAUAAGAUCAACAGUGCUCUGGGUCAAAUUCUCUUGGCUCGCCGUUUGGGCAAGACCGAGAUCAUUGCUCAGACCGGAGCUGGCAUGCACGGUGUCGCAACUGCCACAGUCUGUGCCAAGUUCAACAUGAAGUGCACAAUCUUCAUGGGAGAGGAGGAUGUCAGGAGACAGGCAUUGAACGUGUUCCGCAUCAAGCUCCUUGGUGCCGAGGUCAUUCCUGUUCAACAAGGCUCGCGAACCCUUCGCGACGCCGUCAACGAAAGUUUCCGCGUGUGGAUCACCAGAGUGGAUACUGCCUACCACAUCAUUGGUUCUGCCAUCGGUCCACACCCCUUCCCCACGAUCGUCCGCGAGUUCCAGACCGUUCUUGGCGAAGAGACAAAAGCACAAAUGCAUGAGCGACGACACAAGCUACCAGAUGCGGUUGUUGCCUGCAUUGGUGGCGGAAGUAAUGCUAUUGGCAUGUUCUAUCCGUUCAUCAACGACCCAAGCGUGAGGCUUCUGGGAGUCGAAGCUGGCGGUGAUGGCAUUGAUACCAACAAGCAUGCUGCUAGUCUCACCGGUGGCACUAAGGGAGUUCUCCAUGGAAGCAGGACAUAUGUGCUGCAGGAUCAGCAUGGUCAGAUUCAAGAUACCCAUUCCAUUUCGGCUGGGCUGGACUACGCCGGUGUUGGACCUGAGUUGAGCUCUUGGAAAGACUCUGGGCGCGCUCAAUUUAUUGCAGCCACUGAUGCCCAAGCUCUUCUUGGAUUCAAGCUCCUCAGUGAGCUAGAGGGUAUCAUUCCCGCCCUCGAAUCCGCCCAUGCUGUUUACAGCGGUGUCAAGUUGGCCGGCGCAAUGAAGAAGGGCCAGGACGUUGUGAUCUGUGUCAGUGGAAGAGGUGACAAGGAUGUGCAAAGCGUGGCGGACGAAUUGCCCAGGCUCGGACCAGAGAUCGGAUGGGACUUGAGGUUUGAGGAGUCCGAAACAUCGAAGGGCAGCCUGACUAUUGAUGAUCUUGGCGCUAGCUGCAAC